AUGGCGGGGGUGAACGGAGACCGUAAAGGGAAGAAAGAUGACAAUGGGAUUGGCACAGCCAUUGAUUUCAUGCUUUCUAAUGCAAAGCUUGUGCUGGGGGUGGGAGGAGCAGCCAUGCUUGGCAUUGCAACACUAGCUGUAAAAAGAAUGUAUGACCGUGCCAUAAGUGCUCCCACUAGCCCCACCAAGAUGGAGCAGACUGGCAAGAGAAGCUGGGAAGAGCCUGCCUGGAUAGGUUCGUCACCACGGGUGCUGAGUCAUGACAUGAAAUCCACAGUUAGCAGGUCACUACAGUCUCUGCCCACUUCUUCACAUGCUUUUGAACCAGACUCUCUGCGUAGAGCAGUAGGUCGAGCUGCUGUGGGAGGUAAAGGAGCCACUCAGUCUGAACUGCUUAGGGCCCGGAUGCGUUUGUCCUUGCAAGAACAUCUGUGGGAAUUCUAUCAGCAUAAUGUAAUCAUUCCUACUGAGGAGCAGGCUAUGGCCAAAAGGGCAGCACUGGACAUCUGUGCCGAGCUCAGAGUCUUUCUUCAUGCCAAACUACCUGACAUGCCCCUCAGAGAAAUGUACCUGAGUGGCAGUUUGUAUGACGACCUCCAGGUGGUUACAGCGGACCAUGCCCAGCUUAUGGUGCCUCUUAUCUUGGAGAAGAAUCUGUGGUCAUCCAUCCCUGGAGAGGACACCAUCAUGAAUCUCCCAGGUUUCUGCCUCGUUCGUAGAGAAAACUUAGAAUAUUUUCCCCGGAAUAGCAGCUACUGGGACCGCUGCAUGGUCGGAGGUUAUCUCUCCCCUAAAACAGUCCUCGAGGUCUUUGACAAGCUGGUGGCCGGCUCCAUCAAUUGGCCAGCUAUAGGGAGUGUUCUGGACUACAUCAUCCGUCCUGUGGUUCCCUCAGAAACACUGACCCUGGAGGUACAGUAUGAGACGGACAGGAAGCUGUAUGUGGACUUCUUACCAUUACUGGUGAUGGAGGACGGCACCUCACUGAUAGCUAAACCCCAUCGGCUUGCUGCAGAGCGCCAUGAAAACCUGUGGCGGCAGAGCUUCCGUGUGGCUGAGACGGCUCGGCUCAGAGCUCUGGAUCAGGAGGACGGAGGCUGCCGAUGCAUCUGCCUAAAGGUGGCAAAAGCGGUAUGCAAGCUCAACCCUGCACUCAACCGGCUCAACGCCAGCCAGCUCACCAACACCAUUUUGUUGCUGAGUGAAAAAGAAGGCGACUGGACCCAGGAGGCACUGGCUGAGCGCUUCCUCCAGCUGCUGCGGUCACUGGUGGGACACCUUGAGGCUGGGAGGCUGCCAUGUGCCCUGAGCCCAAAAGUUAAUUUACUCUGUGAGCUGACGGAAGAGGAAGUGGACGAGCUGGGGUACACGCUCUACUGCGCCCUCUCGGAUCCCGAGGGGCUGCUGAGAACUGCUGUGGCGCAACAACCUAGUCCCUGACAACCUUGUCAAUGCACAGCAACAUGGAUGGAAAUGUCAGCCCACUGUUGUCUGCAUGGAAUCAUCCUCUUGUCUUAAAACAUAUCAUCUCUCAAUUUCUACAUGCCUGUUCACGAACAUCUUGUGAGAAAAUAUGACAUGGAGUUGCAGUUAUUUGGUGUUUGAUCGGUUUGACACUAAAAAAACAACAACUAUAUUAUACACAUGAAAGCAAGGGGUCAAUGGAAAUCAUGGUUCUAACCAAAACCACAACAUUGGGCAUGCUGUUGGGGCCUAAUACACUGAGAAGGAGGGGGCGAAAACCUGGAUUGAUUCAUAUGAAAUGGAUAAUGUCAUAUUUAUGCUCUUUUUAACUGGAGAGAUUAAGGAAUACAGGCUUGUCUGAUACUUUUGUGGUUAUCAUUGACACCUGUUUUCAGUUGGGUCUGUGCGAGGAAUAGAAUGUAAUGUUUGUGUGUAUUCCAACCUAAAAGCUAAUAAACUGUUGAUCAGCCCAAAGGACUCAACAUUAUUGAGGAAAAAAAACAAACGGCAGUGUCGAGCAAUUUAAUUCAUUU